CCGCAUAGUGUCAGACCAAUCAUGCUGAAGGUGGCUUGUUAUGAUGAUGAGUAGUGUUGUCCGUUUGUCUUUGAAGUUGUCAGGAUGAGUAGUGGCCACGGCCAUCACAGUAGCGAAGUGAGCAUCAGUCCCGGGGCCGUGGUGUGCAAGGAGAGCAUUUUGGUGGGGGAGAUCACGAUUGGUGCCCGCACUGUGGUCCAUCCCAAAGCCGUAAUCAAGGCCUUGGCCGGGCCCAUCCUCAUCGGGGAAAACAACUUGAUCGAGGAUCAAGCCCGCAUUGUCAAUGGUCGGGAUGAAGGCGAGGCGCGCGAGGCGUCCGAGAAAAGGGACAAGCAAUCCGUCAUGAUUAUUGGCAACCACAACGUGUUCGAAGUGGACUGUCACAGCACUGCUCUCAAGAUUGGUGAUAACAAUGUCUUGGAGUCAAAAUGUUUCGUGGGACGAUCCACGGAACUGACCAACGGAUGCAUCGUGGGAGCUGGCUGUCAGAUCGACACCGAGGAGGUCCUGCCUGAAAACACCGUAAUAUACGGCUCACAGAAUCAUCGGCGACGCCAGGGCGACCGACCCGCUCCUCAAACUCUUCAAAUCGAUUUCCUUACCAAAGUAUUGCCCAACUAUCAUCAUCUAAAGAAGCCGACCAAGAAGAUGUAAAACAGUUCCAUUUCUUGUUCAUGGGCUCUUGGAAAGAAAUAUUUAUGCACUGAUUGAAGUUUC